GGACCAGCGACGGGAGCACCCGGCUUCUGAGGGAAACCUCAGUUCCUUAGAGAAAGUGAAAGCAAACAGGAGAAGCAAUAGUGUUCUCUCCCAGAGUCCAGGGUUUCGGUCACAUGAUUUCCGGAGCAGGACAGGAUGGGGAGGAACUCUGAGCUGGAUGCAGGCAGCCCACCCUCAGGGACACAGGCUGCAGGGCAGGAGAGACAGCUGGCGCUCUCAGCUGGCCGGAGCCUGAGCUGUCCCUGCAGCAGAAGGCUCUGGCCUCACAGCGGAUUGGACCUCAGCCUGCCUCAGGCAGCAGCUCUUAUUUUGGGCGUUCAUGGCCUGGUGCACAGCUGAAAAUCACACAGGGAUUCCCACACACAGAGGCGAGAAUAAGCACAGGAGGGAUGCUGAGGCCGGGCUAGAGGUCCUCCCUGCUCCUCACUCUGGGUCUCCUCUCUGUGCCUCCUCUUCCCCCACCCCUUCUUCCUCCUCUUCACCCCUGACUCAGUCCUGCUCCUGGAAGGGAGGAGGUGGUCGUUAUGCGGAAGGAGCGGAGUUCACCUGGCCCAGCCGUGUCCUGUACUUCAUCAUGAACUCCCUGUCGGAAGCUAAUGACGCCUUUGCCAUCCGCCUUUUAAAGGUUCUCGGUCAGAAGUACCCUGCGUGCAAUGUCUUCUACUCUCCCUUGAGCCUCUCCUCGUCCUUGGCCAGAGCCCUGCUGGGGGCCAAGGGUAAAACGGCGGCGGAGAUCAUUCAGGCGCUGGCGUUAAACACCGAGGACGACAUUCACCAGGGCUUCCAGUCGCUGCUCACCCAAGUGCACAAAUCAGGCGCUCCAUUCACCUUCAACAUAGCCAAGAGGCUCUAUGCAGACCAGAGCUGCAUCUUCCUCCCAUCAUUUAAGGAGUCCUGUCCGAAGUUCUACGAAACUGAGCUGGAGCAGCUGUCCUUUAUCAAGGAAACAGAGAGGUCCAGGAAACACAUCAAUGCUUGGGUGUCCACAAAAACGGAAGAGUUGUUACCACAGAAGGCAGUUGACGUGGGCACCAGGCUCGUUCUUGUUAAUGCUGUGUACUUCAAAGGAAGGUGGGACAAACAGUUUCAGAAGUCACGCACAAAGAAAACGCCUUUCAAAAUUAACCAGAUGAAGCAGAAGCGGACGCAGAUGAUGUUCCAGGAAGGCACAUUUCCUUGGGCCCACGUGAGCGAGGUGCAGGCCCAGGUGCUGGAGCUGCCCUAUGCGGGCCAGGAGCUGAGCAUGAUCCUGCUGCUCCCGGACAAAGGCGUGGACCUCAGCACGGUGGAAAAAGCCUUCACUUUUGAUAAAUUCCGGACCUGGACCAGUCCAGAGCACAUGAAGAAGACCAAAAUGGAAGUUUACCUUCCAAAAUUUAAACUGCAAGGGGAUUACAACAUGCGAUAUGAGCUGCAGGAUGUGGGUUUGGUGGAUCUCUUUGAUUGCCAACAACCGGAUCUCUCUGGGAUGUUUUGGAGGUUUCCCCACGGUGACCAGUGCCUGUCACUGCUCCAGCACAAGACUGUGCUGGAGGUCAGUGAGGAAGGCACGGAGGCGACAGCAUCAGCUUGUGAGAUUGAAGGGAGUUGCGCGAGGAGUUUGCCGGUGUUCCGUGCUGACCACCCCUUCCUGUUCUUCAUCAGGCACAACAGCACCAACUGCCUGCUGUUCUGUGGCAGGAUCUUGUCUCCAGGAGGGGUGCGCUCCCUGUGCACGCAAGCACUUCCCUCUUUUCCCCCACACCCCAUCCAAACUCCGUGAAGUUGGCUCAUUAGAAAAGCCAAGUGCAACCCUAGGGCAGAUUGGCACACAUCUGCACCACCUGUCAGCAUAGCGCACCACGUACGUGCUCUUCUCUGCCCACACUGCCACUGACUUUGCCAUUUGACCAGGAUCUCAGGACAGCAGAUCACCAUGUUCAAUGCAGGGUGCAGAACAGAUCCCGGAGUGGAGCCCGCAGUUUUCCUGGAAGGUCACAAACACCUCUCACACUCACUAUGUGAGCUUCUUACUGUGCUCACAGCGUGCCUCCUAGAACCUCCAACCCCGUCACACACGUGCCUUAACCGCACCUUGUACAUCGUAAUCCAUGCCACUGGAUAUUACUAUUCCUGUGACAGUUUUCAUGGUGACUGGACUUUUUAAAGAAGUGCACAGUUGAACUGUAUUUUGUUGGACAUUUACUGUUCACCAGGUCUGUGCAAAACACUGCAUUCGGCCGGGGACAUUCGCACUUCUUCAGCAGCUGCUCUUUAUGGUCUGUGCCCAGCUCACAGCUUUCAUGGCCAGGAGGUUGCACUCUUUAAUCGCUUCAGCCCUGUAGGGAUGAUGAGUUUAUUCAUGUGAUGUGAGUUCUCCAUCUCUAGCUGUAGCAGUUAAAUUCAUUCAACACUGAAAAUUUUUUUCAGACGUCAUCUUCUUCAAGGAAAUUUUUCUUUUCUCCAGAACCUGAUGUCUUUGAACUCAAACUGCAACCGUUCAUGGUGGGUGCUGUAUUUAUAAUCUUUUGUCCUCUUAGGAAGUCCCACACUUCGAAAGGAAUUACUGGGUUAUAUAGUAACUAUAGAGUCCCUGGGAUUCAGAUUCCAUCUCACCUAUCUGUGUGUCGCUUAUACUACAGUAAUAACUUCCUCAUCGUAUACAAGCUCUAAAUGCUUUCAGUGGUCAGAUAUCAGCAACUGCAUUGUGCUUCUUCAAGAUCUCAUUGUUUCUGACAUUCACAUAACAAAGUUAGCCGUCUUAGUGCAUUACAGUGUAUCAUGUAACCACCACCUUUAUCCAGUUCCAAGAAGUUUUCAUUGUCCCGAAAGGAAGCUGUGCCCACUAAGCAGGGAAUCCACAUUUGUUGCUCCCUGCAGCCCUGGGCAUCACCAUUCUGCUUUCUCUAUGUCGAUUUACCUACUCUGAACAUUUCAUAUAAACUGAAGCAUAUGUAUGACCGUU